GAGCGUUACUCACGUUCCAACGAACGUCGCUGCAAACUCUAGCAGCUCUCUCCUCUCUCCUUCGUCGUACAGUAGCCCCUCGCCGCAGCAACCCUUCGCCGGCGAUUCCAGGCGGCUCCUCCCCUCACGGCAGUGCUCUCUCUCUCUCUCGGCAGACUCUCGGCGUCUCCCUCCUUCAGGCAGGCUUCUUCCUCUCUCUCUCUCUUCAGUCACCAUGUCAGAGAAAACACCCGUCACCGGUGCUCAAUCGUCCUCCUCCACUCCCCACUUGGCGUUCACGACCAUCUCCAACGUGAAACUUCACGUACCGAUCCUCCUCAGUUUUUCCGAACCAAACUACAAAAAAUGGAGCCGGCUUUUCCUCCUUCUCAUUCGGCGGUUCUCUUUGGGAGAUUUCCUCACCGGCAAGUCCUCUCCUUCAAGCGACGACGACUCCGAGUGGUUCCAACUUGAUGCUCUCAUCCAAGGGUGGAUCUUGUCUACGGUGAACGAUGAAGUUUGUGAUCUCGUCCUCUCCACCACAAAUUCAGCCUCGGAGCUUUGGAAAUCAAUUCACAAUAUGUUCCAUGACAACAAACCGGCCCGGGCUAUGCAACUAGAGCACCAAUUUCAGACGACAACGAAGGGUUCUCUCUCCAUGACCGUGUAUUGCCAAACCCUACGCAAUCUCGCGGAUUGGUUGGACGACGUAGAUGCCCCCGUCUCUGAGCAACAACUUGUUCUACAAGUUCUUCGUGGCCUCCCGGACGACCUUCGGUCACAAACCUCUUUUCUUCAAUACCAAACGCCGCCCCCCACCUUCCUUCAAACCCGGUCGGCCCUACUUCUUAUUGAGCAACAACAGGCUGAGUUGGGGGUCGGUGGUGGCGCAGGAGACAGCGAGACAGUCCUCUACGCGGGCAGUGGAGGCGCAGGCAGUGGCGGAAAUCGGCGACAGGGCAACCGCACAGACUCCAGCGGCGGCAGUGGUUACGGGCAGCGGCAGCGUGGUGGACAACAUCGGGGUCGUGGUCGCGGCCGAAGCUUCGGGUCAAAUGCACGCAACACCCUCGGGCAAAACUCUGGACAGUUCAAUAACCCAAACAACAACCCGGGCCUUCUUGGAUAUGCUGACGGGAACCGUGAUUCAUUGGUCCAAUAAUGCCGGCCCACUCUACCCCAUGAGCCAAACCGCAGCCCCUGCCCACGCCCAGGCCCACGUUGUCACCGGACGUCCGGAGCUUUGGCAUCGUCGUCUGGGUCACCCGAGCCUUGCCGUUCUCCGUGGAAUCUCCAGUCUCUCCUCUGAUAUUUCUUUUACUCCAUUACAGCACUCUAUUUGUCAUGCAUGUCAGUUUGGAAAACACAUUCGUCUCCCAUUUGAGUCAUCGAGUCGUAUUUCUACUUUUCCUUUUGAACUUUUACAUACCGAUUUGUGGCAAUCGCCUGUUGCUAGUGUUACUG